AAAUCGUUUAAGAAUAUAGUGAAAUGCUAAUAUAUCAGCGGAUUAAAAAUGUCCAUUUUGCGUAAAGUUUUAUAAAAUCUAUAAAAGCGAAUCGCAUUAAGCGUGCAUAUUAUUUAAAUAAAAAAGAAAAAUAGAAAUCACUCAGUUUCAGUGCAAACUAGUGAUAAAUAAUAGAGCAACUGCGCAGUAAUAAGAGUUCAAAGAAAAAAACAAUAACACGGCAACAAGCUUAUUAUUUCUAUAAUUUGACAAUUUUAGUCAAAAAGUAAAAAAAAAAAAAUUCAAGCAUCAAACAAAUAAUUUUCAUAAGCUCAACCCUUUCGGAAGAAUUAUAUCCAAGUAAUAACAAAAAUAAGAAAAUAAGAGAUAUUAAAAAAAUUUUGCGUCCAAUCCGAAAUUUAUUUGAAAAUCUGCAAAGGCCAUGAGCUAGCCUAAGUGCAUACAUACAUAUACUUUAACAAGAUACGUGAUAUUUUUGUUUUUUUUUUUUUUUUUUUCUACAAUUAAAUUUCUCUAUGAUCUAGCCGAGCGUGAAUAAGCGCUAAAAUUAACGUAGAGAGUUUUUUUCAAAUUUUAACCGAAUAAUCCUUUUAAACAAUUGUGAUAUAGUUUAAUCCGUAUUAAUCCGAAUAAUAACGACAAUAUUUAGAAUGAAUGCCACAGGGACAUUUUUCGACGAACAGCUAGCAACAAUGUACGCACAUCUAAUGAACCAAUACGUGCCUGAGUAUUUUAAAACUUUCGAAUACACGCCGUGGGUCUUCUCGUUAUUGGGGUCAAUGGUAAUCGGUUUAAGCGGCAUAUUACCAUUGGCAAUUAUACCGACGGAUGAGAGAUUGGAAAAACAAGGUUAUAAAGAUCCCGGUGAAUCGAAAUUUUUGAAGGUACUUUUGAGUUUUGCUGUCGGUGGCCUUUUGGGUGAUGUAUUCCUGCAUUUGUUGCCAGAAGCAUGGGAAGGAGAUAGUCAGUUCACAAGUGCAGGUCACCAACCACCAUUACGUUCAGGGCUUUGGGUUCUUUCUGGUAUUUUAAUAUUUACUGUAGUUGAAAAAAUCUUCUCUGGCUACACUAAUGCCGAUGAGACAAAUCCUCAACCGAAAUGUGUGGAAAUAGCUAAUUGUUUAUUACGCAAAACGGGCGGAAAAUUCGUUGAGGGCCAAACAUCGGAGAAGUGUAGUGGUAAAGGUUCAUGUGAUAUUGAAGAUGUACCAAAUGGCUGUUUUUUAAAGGAAAGAGAACAAAAAAUCAAAGAGCAAAAAGAACAACCAAGAAAAGUGGCUGGCUAUUUAAAUCUACUUGCUAAUUCUAUCGAUAAUUUUACACAUGGUCUUGCCGUAGCCGGUUCUUUCUUAGUAUCUUUUCGUCACGGGGUUUUGGCAACAUUCGCUAUAUUAUUACACGAAAUACCUCACGAAGUAGGAGAUUUUGCAAUAUUAUUGCGUUCAGGUUUUAAUAGAUGGGAUGCGGCCAGGGCGCAAUUGCUGACAGCGGGUGCCGGUCUAUUAGGUGCUUUGGUGGCCAUAGGAGGCUCGGGUGUAACAUCUGCCAUGGAGGCUCGAACAUCUUGGAUUAUGCCAUUUACAGCUGGCGGUUUCUUGCAUAUUGCCCUUGUUACAGUAUUACCAGAUUUAUUGCAAGAAGAGAGUUGCGUGGAAUCAACAAAACAAUUCCUUGCCCUUAUAUCCGGAAUUACAUUAAUGGCCAUUAUGACCGCCUUAUUUGAACACUAACUCGGAUUCAAAUUUAGACAUAAUUUCUUAAAUUAUCUAGUGAUAUAUAAUAAAAGGGUCGCGUUCUCACCUAUCGUGCAGAAUUUUCUAUAUUUCGCAAUACAACACUUGUCAAAAAAGAAACUCAAUCGUCGUGUCAUCCAUUUAUUUAAAUAGAAAAACUUCUUUCUUUCAGUAAAAGAAAGGCAAUGUUCUAGAGUAGAUAGAGCCUUCGAAUAAAUAAUACGUAAAGAAAAUCGGCACAUAGAAAUAUAAUAGUAUAUCA